UUCAUCAUCAUCAAAAGCCAUUUAGCGGAAGAUAGACAAGAACAUUCCCCUUAUUUUUUUCCUUCUCAAAAUGAAAUUCAUUCGGCGACCUUUUCUGACUUCAAUUUAGGGUUUGGAGAGCGGGUUUUCUCUGCUGCUGGUGCUGCUGUUAUCUCAGCUAUCCUUGUUAAUCCUCUCGAUGUUGUCAAGACAAGGUUGCAAGCGCAGGCUGCCGGGGUGCCAUAUUCUCAUCAACAGCACCAUAUUCAUAGCCGUACGGGAUCUAUUGGGCCGAUGUUUACAGAAAUAAGAUGUUCACCAUCCUGCACCCAUCCUGAAAUUCUUGGCACUAAACUGGUUUGUCCUCCUGAUUGUUUUCAGUAUAAAGGAACUCUGGAUGUCUUCAGCAAAAUUGUUCGACAGGAAGGAUUCAUAAGGCUAUGGAGAGGCACAAAUGCAGCCUUAGCUCUGGCCAUACCGACUGUCGGGAUAUACUUACCUUGCUAUGAUAUAUUUCGAAACAGGAUUCAAGCAUUGACAGCUGACCAUGCUCCUCACUUGACACCAUAUGCACCUUUUGUAGCAGGUGCAGUUGCGCGCUCAUUUGCUUGCAUUUCUUGCUAUCCUAUUGAAGUCGCACGAACUCGCAUGCAGGCGUCUAAAGAGUUAAAAAAUGGAGUGAAGCCUCCAGGGGUUUGGAAAACCUUACUUGGAGUCCUUAAUCCUGUCAGCAGGACAUACAGUUUGCAUAAUUUACAAGGAUACCGUCUCUUGUGGACAGGGGUAGGAGCACAGGUUGCUCGUGAUGUUCCAUUUUCUGCGAUUUGCUGGUCGACCCUUGAGCCUAUGAGACUUGGCCUAGUUGGUGAGGAAAAUGGGACAAUUGUGCUGGGAGCAAAUUUCUCUGCAGGUUUUAUUGCAGGAAGCCUUGCUGCUGCUGCUACAUGUCCUCUUGAUGUUGCUAAAACUAGGAGACAGGUAGAGAAGGAUCUUGUGAGGCAGUUGAAUAUGACGACGAGACAAACGGUAAUGGAGGUUUGGAGGGACGGAGGGGUGAAGGGGCUCUUUAUGGGAGUUGGUCCACGUGUUGCCCGUGCAGGACCAUCAGUUGGAAUUGUUGUUUCAUUUUACGAAGUUGUCAAGUAUGUUUUACACCAAAGACAUACGUCUCCUCGUGUUUGAUAGGCGUUAGAAGAUAUUUGUUCCAAAAAUUUCACCCUCAUACGUCCUUGGCUGUAAGGCAGCCAUGACGGCGUGGUACAUAUGAGACCCUACAAGAGCACUAAUCAGAAGCUACACCACUAUCUCCUUCAGGGCAGCUGAUAAAACAUUGUUUUAGAUUCAAGAAUCCUUGAAAUUGCAAAAUAAUACUGCAUGUUGCAAGUUCUGUUCCAGUUUGAAAUAAAUAUAAAUAAGUUGCUCAUCAAGUAAUUAAUUCCAGAAACAAUUCAAAUAUAAACAAAUAUAAAUAAGUUACCAAUUAUCUCUUC